CACUGCAAGAUCACGGUCUUGGAAGAAUAGAAAAGGUGUGUGGUGUUGUGGGAUAGUUAUAUUCAUUGUCUAAUAACGGUCAAAAAUAUAUUUCAAUUAUGUUUGGUGGAGGAGCAGCACCAAUCCUAGUUCUUAGUCAGAAUACUAAACGUGAUUCAGGUAAAAAAGUUCAAUUGGAAAACAUUGGCGCUGGUAAAGCUAUCGCCGAUGUGAUCAGAACGUGUCUUGGACCACAAGCCAUGCUGAAAAUGUUGAUGGAUCCUAUGGGUGGUAUAGUAAUGACAAAUGAUGGAAAUGCAAUUCUGCGUGAAAUUACUGUACAGCAUCCGGCGGGUAAAUCAAUGAUUGAGAUAGCUCGCACGCAGGAUGAGGAAGUUGGAGAUGGAACAACAUCUGUAAUUGUAUUGGCUGGUGAAAUGUUGGGAGUUGCAGAACAAUUUUUAGCCCAACAAAUGCACCCUACAGUCAUCAUCAGAGCUUACCGCCAAGCAUUGGAGGACGCAAUUACUCUGUUACACGAUGACAUCAGCAUUACCUUGGAUCCUAAUGACCGUGUGAAACUUCUGCAAGUGAUUAAGGCUUGUGUGGGAACAAAGUUUAUUGGACGGUGGUCAGAUUUGGCAUGUUCUAUCGCUCUUGAUGCUGUUCAGACAGUGAUGCUGGAGGAAGGUGGUCGUCGUGAGAUAGAUAUUAAGAGAUACGCAAAGGUGGAGAAGAUACCAGGAGGUAGUAUUGAAGAAUCAACUGUGCUGCAUGGUGUGAUGGUAAACAAAGAUGUAACACACCCAAAAAUGCGACGGUACAUUGAGAACCCACGCAUUGUACUACUAGAUUGUGCAUUGGAAUACAAGAAGGGUGAGAGCCAGACAAAUGUUGAAAUUCUGAAAGAAUCGGACUUCACCCGUAUGUUACAGUUGGAAGAAGAACAUGUUCAGAAAAUAUGUGAUGAGGUGAUUGCAGUGAAACCUGACAUAGUUUUCACAGAGAAAGGAGUUUCAGAUCUCGCACAGCACUUUUUUCUAAAAGCAGGGAUCACAGCUAUACGCCGUGUCCGCAAAUCAGACAACAACCGCAUUGCACGGGCCUGUGGGGCAACUAUCGUUAACCGUACUGAGGAGGUGAAGGAGGAAGAUGUGGGUACAGGUGCUGGACUCUUUGAAAUCAAAAAACUUGGUGAUGAGUAUUUCUGUUUCAUCACCAAAUGCAAGAACCCUAAAGCUUGCACCAUUCUUUUACGUGGAGCUAGCAAGGACAUGCUGAAUGAAACAGAAAGAAACCUCCAAGAUGCUCUGCAUGUUGCUAGAAACAUUUUGAUAGAACCCAAACUGGUGCCUGGAGGUGGAGCUGUUGAGAUGGCUGUGGCACAGAAGUUAGCUGAGAAGGCGAAAGUUGUGCAGGGAAUUGGACAGUGGCCAUACCGUGCUGUUGCUGAGGCAUUGGAGAUCAUUCCCCGCACUCUUGCCCAAAAUUGUGGCACAAAUACAAUUCGUACACUGACAGCUUUACGGGCUAAACAUGCCACUGGUAAAAUUACUUGGGGAAUCGAUGGAGAAACUGGUGAACUUGCAGAUAUGCGUACGCUUGGCAUCUGGGAACCAUUGUCUGUUAAACUUCAGAUCUACAAGACAGCUGUUGAAACUGCUAUCUUACUAUUGAGGAUUGAUGAUAUUGUCUCAGGCUCAAAGAAGAAAGAUAAGGAAGGAGAAAACAGAACUGCACAACCAACAGAGGAAUCAAUGAGAGAAUAAAUGCAUCACAUUUGUCAAGCUUUAUUUUGCAUUUGGCACUGGUUGUUUUUGUCUUCAUUGCUAAUUCUUCAUAUUAAUUCCUUUGCUAGAACUUCUGGCUUAAUAUUUGAUACUUUUAUUAAUAUUCAGUUCUUUGCUAUUGUAAGAAUUAAAAUCAGAUGUUUCCAUCACAGAGAAUACAGUGAUAAUAAUAGACUGACAUAAAUGUAUUAAUAUGUGGAAAUGAUAAUUCAGUUAUUCCAGAUUCUAAUGAAGGUAUUAAAAUUGCUGCCAAAGGCUUUACUUGUAACUUUGCACUGCAGAAGGAUGAUCUGUUUAAUCUAAAUUAAUUUCAUUUGUACCGCUUAAUUAAUGCAGAGAAUAUAAAAUAAAUUGAUUUUGAUAAUGCGUA